CAGAGAUGGUCCAUGUUUCCAUGUGGACGCAUAUUUAGUAUCAUAUUAUUAGUACACAUUAAUAAUUCGUGGCUAGAGUAUAAAGAUAAUAACACCCCUUCAAAACAUGUCAAACCAAAAUGACAUUUUCUAUUCAAUUAUCCUUGUUUGCUGUUCUCAGGUACAUUACCUCCCAACUAAUCAAUCAGUGUCAACCCCUUCAGUAUAAUCUUUUUAUAUAAUCCUUUUUUUCUGAGUUGCACCCAACCUGAACAAAUUUUUAAAACUUCCAUUGUUCAAUUUCCACCUAUAAAUUACACACCGAAACACUGUUGCAUUAAGAUCCAGCCAUGGAAAAGGUGUAAGUGUACCUAAUACCAUAAUUUAGAUGAAGCAAGCUCAUGGCAGCUGGUAAAGCCGUUGAGAAGAUGGUGGCCGACAAUAUUUUCGUUCAACACUCGGAUAAUCUGCCAGAAACAUCACAGGGAACUGUCAAACUGUUUGUAGGCUCUUGGAAUGUAGGAGGCAACCCACCACAAGAUAACUUGAGCCUCAAGGAUUUUCUAAAUACUCAAAGUAGCAUGGCGGAUAUAUAUGUUUUUGGGUUCCAAGAAAUUGUGCCUUUGAAUGUGGGGAAUAUUUUGGUCCGAGAGAAUACUUAUGUUUCAAUGAAGUGGGAAUCUUUAAUUAGAGGAGCUCUCAACAAGAGAACGGUAAAGGACAAAAGAAUACAUAAGGCGGAAGUUGGGGAGGUGCAAAGAAUUUAUCCCCUCAAGACACUUGGCUCCACAAAUUCAAGUGCUCAAGAUUAUGAGUGUAUUAUAAGUAAACAAAUGGUGGGAAUUUAUAUUACCGUGUGGGCCCGGACAGAACUGCAAGACUAUAUAAGCCACUUGAGCAUCUCAUGUGUUGGCUGUGGCAUCUUGGGGCGCCUGAAAAAUAAGGGUUCAGUUUCCAUCAGAUUUUGCCUGCGUGAAACGAGCUUUUGCUUCGUGUGCUGUCAUUUAGCUUCGGGUGGUAAAGAAGGAGACGAGAGAUACAGAAAUACAGACGCAGGACAUAUAUUGGCACACACACUUUUUCCAGUCGAACCCUUCCAUCAUCUGCCUAGGAAAAUCCUUGACCACGAUAGGGUGAUUUGGCUAGGGGAUCUGAAUUACAGAAUUUACCUGCUCGAGGCUACCACAAGAUCGUUGGUGAAGAAUAAAGAGUGGAGCAUCUUAUUAGAAAAUGAUCAGCUGAAAGCUGAGCUGACGAAAGACCAUGUCUUUGAGGGUUGGCAUGAAAAAAAAAUCAACUUUGCACCGACGUACAAGUAUCAUCAGAACUCGGAUGACUAUUACGGAUCAAAUCAAAAAACUGAAGCAAAGAGGAUGAGGGCCCCAGCAUGGUGUGAUCGGAUAAUUUGGUACGGGGAAGGUUUAAAGCAGAUUCAGUACGAUAGAGUCGAGUCUAGAUUGUCUGAUCAUAGACCCGUUAGAGCGAUUUUCGAAGCAUAUGUUUCGAGUAUUCUAGAAGUUUGA